AUGAUCUCAUCGCCUGCUUUCCCAAGCAAAACAACUAAGAAGAUAUCGUUAUCAUCAUCGAUUGCGGAGAAUAAGGUAAAUUUUUUGAUUAAUGGACAAUCAAAAGUGCCUCCAGGUUUCAGAUUCCAUCCAACAUACGAAGAACUUCUCCAUUACUAUCUCCGCAAGAAAGUUCACUCUCAAAAGAUCGAUCUUGAUAUCAUUCGUGAAGUAUAUCACAACAAGCUUGAGCCUUGGGAUAUUCAAGAGGAAUGUAGAAUCGUUUCGACACCACAGAACGAUUGGUACUUCUUCAGUCAUAAGGACAAGAAGUAUCCAACCGGGUCAAGAACAAACAGGGCAACAGUCGCCGGAUUUUGGAAAGCUACUGGACGUGGUAAGAUCAUAUACAGUUGUGUCCAGAGAAUAGGAUUGAGGAAGACCCUUGUGUUCUACAAAGGAAGAGCUCCUCAUGGUCAGAAAUCUGAUUGGAUCAUGCAUGAGUGUCGCCUCCACGAUACUCCAACAACUGAUAGCUAUUCUGAUGUUGUAACUGAAGACCCAAUGAGCUAUGAUGAAGAAGGUUGGGUGGUAUGUCGAGUCUUCAGGAAGAAGAACUAUCAAAAGAUCGACGAUUCUCCUAAAAUCACUCUAUCUUCUUCACUUGAUGACACUGACGAACACAGAAGGCCUACCACCUUUCACAACACUCUAAACGCCACCGUUUUUGACAAUGUUCUUCUAUGCAUGGACCGUGCCGGACCCAAUAUUUUCAUGCCAGAGAUCCAAACCAAAACUCAACAUCAGGAUAAUCUUUUAUUCAUGCAACUCCCAAGUCUUGAGACACCCAAAUCCGGAAACUUGGUCACCAAAACUCAAAGCUUCCGAACCAACUGGAUUCCUCUAUAG